GUCGCUGCCAAAACUUUGCUUUGCGGGAGCUAUUGAACCGGUUACGACUCUUGUUCGCGCCUACUGUGUGACACCACAAGCAACCCUGAUAAGAGCAGCGGGUCUACUACAACCUGCGCGCCACCCGUACAAUUAGACCAAUAAGCUCACUCGCUGUGCAGCAGCCGAACGCGUGCCGUGAGCGCCCGCGCGGAAAUGACCCGUAACACACACGCACGCACGCACACACAUGUAGCAAUAGAAGAUUCAUAACCGCGUGGACGGUCGCGUGCCGCCGCCACCAAUGCGGCAGCGCGCAACAAAAUCCCGCGGGAGACUUGACAGGACGCUCGUACUGGGCCGCCGCGGGGCGCCGCGCAAAACGUCCGGCCCCGUCGCGGCGGUCCGUUAAACGCGCCCGACACUCGCAGGUUUCAACCGACGCCGCACGGCCGAAAAACGCGUCCGCCGCCGAGCAAAAAAAAAAAACUUCGACAGACCCCAGGGACGAAAGAACGAAAGGACCUCGCGCAGGGGUUUGGACGCCUAGAAAUAGGCGCGUGAAACGAACACAUAUGCAAACGUUUACUAGGGCCGAGGGGUUUCUGUCUUACACAUACCGAGAGAGGAGUCAAGGCUCGUCAUGACGCGUCUCGCGCACAGGCAAAAUGGACAUGUUAGGAGCCAUGGGCCGGUCGGCCAUGCGGUCGGGAUCCAUGGCGGCGCGAGCGGCCACCCAGGCCGGCGCCGCGGCCGUCGAUAAUGUUAGCUCAAAAGUCUGCGAGCGCUGCGGCGACACCAAAACGGGCUUUCGACUGACGACGUGCCCGUGCUGCGAGCGGAAGAUCUGUGGGAGCUGUGGCGUCAAGGUCGUCGUGCCAUCACAAUGUGCCAAGUCUGGUGAAGGAUGCGAGAAGGUGUCCUGCAAGGAGGAGUGCGCUCCUAGGUGUGUCGAAGUAGCUAGACAGAUGUUCAGCGACGCGCUGAAGGCUUCUGUGGAUGCGAACGUCGAUUCCAUAUUAAACGGCAAGGACGACUUAUUUGAGCGGCCGGACAAACCUGUGGUGGAUGUCUCGGCGACGGCGUCCGCGAGGCGACUCUUACCGUUAGCCCUGAAGGCUGUGGAGUUGGCGGGCUACUCGGAGGUCAUUUAUGCUUACAAGCUCGCGGAGGGCGGCAUCGUCGCCGCGCUGCUGACGCCGACCUUCCGCGUCUUCGUCGAGCGCGUUUUACCGAUGCUGUCCAAGCACAUCGAACGCGCGGGCGCCGAGAUGGACACGAAGAAGAAGGGCGCGAAGGAGGCGGAGCUGGCUUUACGUUUAUAUUAUCUAGCUUGCGGGGAGGCCGUGAAAAGGUUAAGUCAUCCGCCGGACGAGGCGAAAGGCUCGCCCGCCUCGUCCAGGGAAUUGGACUCGCUCGGCGCCUACGUCGGGCCGGCGCAGUGGCUCUACGCUGCUCAUGAGUUAAGAGCACCGCAAGCGACGGCGGCGUGGGGCGCGUGGUACGUCAGUCGCUUGUGUCGGGCGGACGGCUGGCGGCUCGUCGCGUGUGUCGGGGCUUCUCGAGCUGAAGAUUUUCGAUUGGCGGUGCCGGGGUUGCCUCCCGUGCGGUUCCCGGCCUGGUGCUUGGCGUGUCGGGGCAAGGAGGCGGUCCUAGCCUUCCGCGGGUCGACGUCGCCGCAGGACUCUGCGUGGAAAUCAACCAGUGAGUUAGGUUAUCCACGCCAUCGAGCAGAUGCAGUUACGGUGGGCACCCCGAAAUUUGAUUUCCACACAGGCAAGACUGGGCCAUCAACAGCGAGUGUGAUGAAGUAGCAAUCUGCCACGAGAACGCUCCGAGUGACUGGUCCGCCCACGGCGGCAUGGUGCGGGCCGCUCGCGCGAUUUUGUAUGAUUGUGGGGCCGCCUCAGCUGUUGCGAAGCUAAGGGCGAAUGGUUUCCGAGUGAGAUGUAUAGGCCACUCCUUAGGUGCGGGUGUGGCCGCCCUAGCGACGACGCUGCUGAAUCUCGACGACCCCUCGCACCCGCAAGUGACCGCUUCCCUCUAUGCGGUGCCCGCAUGUGCCUCACCAGCAUUGGCCGAAGCGCUUAAGGAAACUGUAGAAGCAGCUAUCCUGCGGGACGACGUCGUACCUAGAUUAUCGGAAAAACACUGCGCGCGACUCGCUAGAGAGGUGGUGGCGGACGACGCGCACUACCGCGAGGCCUUCGCGAAAGAUCGGGCCGCGUAUACGCGGUACUGCAACACGCUCGGUAAGAAAGAAGGCAUGGUCCACGCGAGUGAGGAGCCGCCGACGCCGCCGCCUCCCGUCCAAAAGGUGGAGCCUGUCAGGCUGCUCUCGGAUGAUGAUGUUAGGCCGCUCGUGCCGCCCGGGCGGCUCGUGUUCUGCCAGGGGCGCGACGGGGUGUUUGAAGCUCAAUCAGCAGAUUACACUUUGGAACCCUUGCAAGCGGUGCAGGUGACGCCGCGGGCCGUCGACGACCACUCGCUGGACGCCAUCGCUUUUUCUUUGCGAGCCGUCAAGGCGCGGCGCGGGUCAUCACCAAUCGUGAAGCCCGCACCAUUAGCGCCAGCGAAGGUUGAUGAGAAGUGGGUGCCGUGCUCCGUCUGCGGGUCGGACGUGACCUGGACGUCGUCCGUCCGCGGCAGCGACACGGCGCGCGCGUACUCGACACACCACUGCCGCGCGUGCGGUCAGGUGGUCUGCGCCUUCUGCGCGCCGGCGGCGGAUUCCGUGGCUGCGGAUGCCUUGGGCGAGACGCUGACCCUGCCGGACAAGCGCGUGACGCUGCCGUCCCGAGGUUGUCUCGGGCCUGUGAGGGUGUGCCGGCCGUGCCACUUCCGGGCCUACGACCUCUAAUUCCCCACGUCCCUUGUGCGUCGUUGCGACGAUGGCGUGACCGUGGCUUCUACACCACAUCCACGCCGUCGCGGCGGCGCCUACGGACUCCGCGAACGCGCGGCGACGGCGCGCUCGCGAGAUUCCUCCCCGCCGUUUUUGUUUAAACUUUUUACUACGGAGCGUUGCCAGUGCCGUCCACGCCAGGGCACACAGAUGGACACGCCCCAUUUUUUUGCUACACUUACUUAUAACAUAUCCCGCCGACGGGAUAUG